GAUUUUACUAUUCGUGGAGGAGCUGGCGGACUUCAGCCGAACCCUGCUCGUGGGACGAUAAGCAACAAAUAUUUCUGCGAAACUUGGAAAUUUUAUCUGUAAAACUGAAGUUAAGUGGGGAUUAAUAAAUUCACUGCAGCGUUUUUUGGCAAGAUUUAUAUUACCAAAGUAUUUUACUCGACGAACCGACAAGAUUAAAAAUUGCUUGAUUUGUCGUAAAUAAUAAUGACAGACACCCUUGUCCACUCGGCAUUACGUGCCAUUACAUCUGUCGACUUUGUAAGCCAGGAUGAAUUAAACAGGCAAAAAGACGAAAAGAACAAUGACGCGGUGCCAAGAAGUUUUAACGGCAUUAACUUCAACCCUCAAACUCUUCUAAUGCGCGGACCAGUUCCAACCGAGGUACGAGACGCCUCCCUACAAAAAACCGACAAAGAUGUAUUUUAUGACAAGAAAAAAGCUUGUGAUGAAGUCGACGCCAUUUCCAUCGCAAAUCCGAGAGCGUUGACCACAAUACUCGAGCAACUUGGAAGAAAAUAUAUCCUGCUCAGUGGUUUGAAUCGGGAAGACACGAUUAGAGAUGUGAGGAAAAUGAUGCAUCGUAAGGGUGAAAUUCAUUUGGGAAGACUUCUUUAUGCCGGCCAAGUUUUGGAAGAUUGCAGGCGUAUGUCUGACUACAAUAUUGUGAAUGGUUCAGUCAUUCAUUGCGUACUGGAUUUACGAGGUGGGAGUGAAGAUCCGAUCAAGUAUAUUGACGAAAAUCUGCGUGAUCCCAGAUUUGAUUACGACUUUGGCAAACUUAAUGAUGAUGGGCUGACCUUUAUGCGAGGACCGUGCGAGUACAAAAGACCGAUUGGAUGGACGAGACACGCCUUUAAAGUGAUAGAUCGGUUUGGAGACAAUGUUUGGCUAGGAUUGGGUGGUAAGAGGAGAGAUAUUUGUGACCCAGUGCCGGGUGAAUGGGCAGUAUCUUACCACGGAACUAACAAGGAUAACGUUGGUUCAAUUGCUGAAAACGGGUUUCUUCUUUGCCGAGGACAACGCUUCCUUUUUGGUCGCGGCAUUUACUCUACGCCCGACAUAAACGUUGCGGAACGCUACGCAACGGAAUUUGAGCAUGAUGGGGACACUUACAAAGUGGUGUUGCAAAAUCGUGUGAAUCCAGCAGCCGUGAAAGUUGUGCCCGAUUCGGUUACAGGCGCGGGAGAAUAUUGGAUAGUGCAAGAUGAGUAUGACAUCCAUGCGUAUGGCUUGCUUAUUAAAAAAUGUCCACGAAAUCACACCAACAAUGGGGAUUCAGCAUGUACCAUCUUCUGAAACGAGGUUGCAAAUUGAAGUGCUUAAACCUGCUUUAGCACAAAUUGCAUAUUACAUGGGCCAAUUGCAUUAUCCAAUUACAGUAAUCCAAUUGUUUGGGUUUGGAGGGCCCUUAGAUAUGAAAAAAGUUGAGAAUCUACAUGAAGAAUACAAUUGUCAUUAGAAAUUACAGUUUUUUUUAAGAAAUUAACUUUUUAUCGGAGCCCAGUUACGUCAUUUUUAAAAAAUCGUGAAUUAGACUGCGCUAAAAACUUAAUUUCUUCAAAAAAUCUGUAGAAACUCGUGAAAAUUAGAAUUGGAUUGGAUUGUAAUUGGAUAAUAUAAUUGGCCCAUCGAUGACAGAUUGUUACAUACCUACAAUUAUUUCACGUAUGUAGAUUGGUUUUUUCAAAUAAGUCAAUAUAUGUACAUUUUGCAAACAUAAUUGAAAUAUAAAUUUAUGUACAAUUUA